ACUUAAAUCUCUAAGCAGAGUAUUUGCAUUCGUACAAACACUGUCUUUUAUUUUGUCACUUUUUUCCUGUAUUGCACUGCUGUGAUUUGGACAUUCAAAGAAAAAAUGUAGGCACGAGCCUUCCUGCUGAGCUGUAACUCAAGCCACAGAGAAACUGUCUUUAAAUAGCCCAGGAAUGCCAAAGCCAAAAAAUACUCUCGCCCUUGUCUGGUUACAUGCAGCAAUCUCAAUCAACAUUUACUUUUGCGCUCAGUAAAAGGCAAACUGGCACUGCUGCAAGGCCGGGUGGGGAGAUCGAUACCUGUCCCGAAACUUCCGCGAUUGCUCGCAGCGGCAACUCUGAGUCGCUGCAAACCCAUUUAAAGACCACUUCACAUCACUUUUCCAGCGUUUUCCUGUUCAGCAGCUUAGAUUUGAAAGCUAAACAGCCCAGGUCUGGUGAGCGGCGGGGCUGGAGCCCGGAGCGCUGCUGAGAGAGCCCUCGUGAGCCCGGAGCGCUGCUGGAGCCCGCGGGGAUGGCGGUGGCCGGCAGGUGAACAGCGCCAGCGCCGCAGCGGGCGCUCGGGGGGCGGGUUGGCUCACAGUUUGUGAUCUUCAGUCCAAUUCCUGUGUCAUGGAUGAAACUGCUUUGUCCCUUGGAACAAUAGAUGUUUCCUAUUUAUCCACCUCAGCAGACUGCAGCAUCAGUAGAUGUAAGCAUUCCACUGAAGAGUGGGGAGAGUGUAACUCUCGUCCCACUCUGUUCCGAUCUGCCACUUUAAGAUGGAAGGAGGCUCUGCUGAGCAGGAAAAGGCCGUUUGUGGGACGAUGUUGCUAUGUAUGCACUCCCCAGAGCCGGGAUAACUUCUUCAAUUCUAGUAUUCCUUCUCUGGGUCUACGUAAUGUCAUAUAUAUCAAUGAAACACAUACCAGGUACAGAGGGUGGCUGGCAAGACGCUUUUGCUACGUCCUUUUUGUGCAAGAGAGGGAUGUUCAUAAGGGUAUGUUUGCCAAGAAUCUGACAGAAAAUGUGCUGAAUAGUAGCAGAGUCCAGAAGGCCAUUGUAGAUGAAGCUUCUGAGCCAAGUACUCCUGGCAGUUUUGUUCAGACUGAUCCUAAAGCUAUCAACAAAGUGAAGAAAAAAGCUAGGAAAAUUCUCCAGGAGAUGGUAGCAAAUGUAUCACCUGCUUUAAUCAGGUUGACUGGCUGGGUGUUACUGAAGUUGUUUAACAGCUUCUUCUGGAAUAUCCAGAUCCACAGAGGUCAAAUAGAAAUGGUCAAAGCAGCAACAGAGAUGAAUUUGCCUCUUAUCUUUUUGCCUGUUCACAAAUCCCACAUUGACUAUCUGCUGCUUACGUUCAUUCUUUUCUGCCAUAACAUCAAAGCACCCUACAUAGCUGCAGGGAACAAUCUCAACAUCCCCAUCUUCAGCACAUUGAUCCGCAAGCUGGGAGGAUUUUUCAUUCGUCGGAAGUUGGAUCAGAGCCCUGACGGUCGUAAGGAUUUCCUCUACAGAGCUUUGCUCUAUGUGCACAUAGAAGAACUGUUGAGACAGCAGCAGUUUCUGGAAAUAUUCUUGGAAGGCACACGGUCUCGAAGUGGGAAGACCUCUGGAGCUAGAGCGGGUCUUCUGUCGGUGGUGGUGGAUGCUCUCUUCUCAAAUGCUACUCCCGAUGUCCUAAUUAUUCCUGUGGGAAUCUCCUAUGAUCGCAUAAUUGAAGGUCACUAUAACAGUGAGCAGCUGGGCAAGCCUAAGAAGAAUGAAAGUCUUUGGAGUAUAGCUAGAGGAGUCUUCAGAAUGCUGCGGAAGAAUUAUGGGUGUGUCAGAGUAGAUUUUGCACAACCAUUUUCCUUAAGAGAAUAUGUAAACAGCCAAAGCCAAAAACCUGUGCCUGCUCCUUUUUCUUUGGAACAAGCUUUGUUACCAGCUAUACUUCCAUCAAGACCUAAUGAUACUGUGGAUGAGAGUGCAGAAGCCUCACUGCCCAACUCCAGGGAUAUCACCAGUGAACCCUUCAGAAGAGAGCUGAUAUCCAACUUGGCUGAGCACAUUCUGUUCACUGCUGACAAGUCCUGUGCUGUGAUGUCUACCCACAUUGUUGCCUGUUUGUUGCUGUACAGACACAGGCAGGGAACUGAUCUUUCCAGACUGGUAGAAGAUUUCUUCUCUAUGAAGGAGGAGGUCCUAGCCCGUGACUUUGACUUGGGAUUUUCAGGGAACUCAGAUGAUGUUGUCAUGCAUGCCAUCCACUUGUUGGGGAACUGUGUAAAUAUCACAAACACAAGCAGAAACAAUGAGUUCUUCAUCACUCCCAGCAUCACCAUACCUGCUGUCUUUGAGCUCAACUUCUACAGCAAUGGAAUACUUCAUGUAUUCAUUAAAGAGGCUGUCAUUGCCUGCAGUCUUCAUGCAAUUCAGAGCAGGAGGUACAGAAAUGGUACCAGUGGUGCUUCUCCCAGUUUAAUCAGUCAAGAGCACCUGGUCAGAAAAGCUGCCAGCUUGUGCUACUUGCUUUCCAAUGAAUUCACUGUGUCUUUGCCUUGCCAGGUGAUCUAUCAAGUUUGCCAUGAGUCUGUGGAAAGGCUGAUCCAGUAUGGCAUUCUCCUGGUGGCUGAGCAGGAUGAUCAGGAGGAUGUUAGCCCCAGUCUUACAGAACAGCAGUGGAAUAAAAAACUCCCUGAGCCAUUAUCUUGGAGAAGUGAUGAGGAAGAUGAAGACAGUGAUUUUGGAGAGGAGCAGAGAGAUUGCUACCUGAAGGUGAGCCAGUCCCAAGAGCACCAGCAAUACAUCACUUUCCUGCAGAGGUUACUGGGACCAUUACUGGAGGCAUACAGCUCUGCUGUCAUCUUUGUGCACAAUUUUAGUGGUCCUGUUUUAGAGUCUGAAUAUAUUCAGAAGCUACACAGGCACUUAAUAAGCAGGACAGAGAGGAAUGUUGCUGUGUAUGCUGAGAGUGCUACCUACAGUCAUGUGAAAAAUGCAGUGAAAGUCUUCAAGGAAAUUGGAGUUUUCAAGCAGACUCAGCAAAGGAAAGACACCAUUUUGGAACUUGGCACUACGUUCCUACCUCAGAGCAACAGGCAGAAACUGCUGGAAUUCGUCAUGAGCUUCAUGGUGUUAUAGACCACACACAGCACCUUUGUCCAGGGACACGAGGACAGGUUUUGAGACUGUGGCAAAGCCUGGGGACAUUUGCUAAUCCUUCAAAGUGUAAGGUGCCACUGUCUGGGUAAGGCCUUCUCUGACUUGAACUACUGGAAGACAAGUGCCUUCUUACGUGUGCUUUUAUGGGUUUCUUACAGUCCCAGUCCUGUUGUAAUGCAGCGAUACUCAGAUGACACUUUCGAUACAAGCAAUUUAACAUGUUGCAAAAAAUAAGUAAAUUAUUAGACUUAGAUGUAAAAAAAGUUUUAUCAGUGUUACAUUUUAAAUAAAUUUUUAAAGACUGUAACAGAUGCACAAGUACACCUAUUGGUGUUCUGUAGCUAACCCUGAGAUCUUGAGUUUAGUGGCAACACAGCUUAUGGCUUAACCAAGUAACUUUCAUUUGAAUUCAGUUUUAUUGUUUUAAAAAAUGGCUCGAAAAUUUUGCUUAGGCAAGAAGCUAUAUACUUCAUGGAUAAAGCCAUAGUUUUUCAUAAGUGUUAACAUAAAUGCCAACAUUCUAAUGAAAAUUACAGGUACAGACAUCUGAGAAUAAUGAUCAUGUAGCAGGUGAUUGUGAGAAAUGUCAGCAGGCACACCUUGCACUAUUAACACUGUGUAGUGCACUGGUAAAUUGCACUAAUCACUGCUGUCAGGAAGAAUGUGAGAGUAGUGUUCUUGCUUUUAUUUUGGCAUCUGUCAUUCAGCCAGAUAAGUCAGGAGACAGUUGCCUGAAUGUGAAUAUCUUGUAAAAUCUUAGAUUAUUAUUUAAUUGAAAAAAAAAAAAACCCCUUAUAAGUUCAGGGGUUUUUUUGUUUGUUUUGGUUUCAUUUGGGUUUUUUAAUUAAUAGGAUGUCAGAUUUUUUUAAGUGGAGUAAAGUCUCGAUUUGGUGAAAUAAGUUUUAAUUUUGACACUAAAUUUUCAGCAAUAAUUUAGUCAAUUCUUUGGAAACAAGUGUUCAUAUUAUAUUCUGUUGUUGAGCAGACCUAAAUUGGUAUGAAGUAGUACCUCUAGAAACACAGAAAUAUAAACAAUGUACUUUAGACUGUGAUCUAACUGACUUACAAAUAAAAUUAAUUCAGGCAAAACUGAAUGAUGAAUAAAUUCUGUCCUAUGAAACAGGACUCUAGUGUUGCAAUUUGAUCCUUUUUCAUGGAGAACUUGCACUGUAGAUUUCAUCUUCUCUUCAUGUGAGGGCAGAUUAGAUUGCAACCUGUAGUCCUGUAUUUUAGUACAGCAGAUUUAGCUGAAGCAAUAACUUGGUGGUAUGUGAAGCUGAUUUGCUUGUGAAAUGUGUUUUCCCUCCUUUAUGCCUUCUAGAUGAGGGAAAUUAAACAUUUCCUUUGCUCCAUUGCUUUGCUUGAUUCUCACAUCCUGGCCUUGUGAGCAGAAAAUCCCCCAAACUUCAUCAUGUAAUCUCUGUUGCUUAACAUAAACAUGGAAAAUCAUACUUGAAUCCCAGCACUUGCACUGUUAUGCCAGCACAAAACUGAUGCACACAAUUAGAGUUUGUGGCCAAGGAGCUUGCAUUUGUACUGCACAUUUGUCAACAAGAAUAUUUCUGUAAAUUUUUUUAUUAAAUGCUAUUAAUAUUUGAAAGCUGCAAUUUAUAGUUUAUUAGCAUUAUACUGUUAGCACUGUGAGAUGCAUGUGUUUUGUCACUAAACCAGGUGCUCUACAACACUUAAAGAAUUUCUGAACCAAAGCUACAUUAAUAUGGAUAAACACUGACCCUUGAGUCGCUUGUGUUCUUAUGUCCUUCUGCUGUCUCAGCAGGACUGACUACAUCACACAUAAUUUGUUUUGUGAAGGCUACCAGCUGUUUAGAAAACAGUUUCAUCUCAUACUCACUGAUGUGCACUGUUCAUCCGCCUGAUGAAUUCUCCAUACAAUGUUUGUUGCUGAUGGCUUCCAUUUAAUAUCAAAAAAAGUCUAGGUGCUUCUGAAUAACAAGCUCUCAUAGUUUACUGCACUUCAGCAGAUCUGAAGUGUACUAACAGCAAUGUUUGUACAUAAAAUUUUUUUUAAAAAAUGAAGCAAUAUGAAGCAAACAAAACUUGAGUCAUUUUACUAAGAAUGUUUUGCCAACAGAGGUAUUAGUUACCAUAAAACCCAGGAGUACUGUGGUCACUGGAGUGCUCUGGCUAGGUGUUGCAACUAAAAUAAUUUAUAGCUUACAUUAAAAAAAAAAAAUCAAUAAAUCUGGUUAACGUAAAUCAAUGAGUGGGUAAUAAUGCAUGUAAAUACACAUUAAUGGAUACUUACAUAUGCAGCAGGAGGGCCACCUCUAAAACUGUUUUGGUUUUGUAUGAAAAAACAAACCUGCAUGUGAUAGAUUGGUACUAUGAAUCAUAUGCCACUGGAAGCCCUUGCAUUCUGCAGCAAGUGUGUAUGAUGUAUACAUGUAUAUAUGCUAGUAUGUAUGUUCUGACACACAACAUCUAUGCUUUUUCCUGAAAUUAAAGCACAGAAUGUAAAAUUAUCAGGCUGUAACAGUCAAAAAGACUAAAACCAACACUUGCACUGUAUUUACACCUUCAGUGUCUUCUGAUUUUAUUAACUUUUCAUGUUUGCUUUGCUGUUGAAAUUCCAGGUCAAGUUGAUUUCAGUAAAGUUAACCAGUAAAAGAGAAAGGACUGGCCCUGAAUUACCACAGCUGUAUUUUAAGACUUUAUAAAGACUUACACGAGUCUCGUAAUUCUUAUGAGCAUAAUACUCAGGUGUGCAAGCCUUUUUGGGCCAGUGUCUUUUCAUGCUAUGAGAAAUUUAACCUCUCCAUGUCCAUCCUGUAGAUGUCCCAUUUUUAGAGAUGGAAAUGUGGGAUUGCACUCCCUGUGUUCCAUGAGUUCACUGCCUGUAGUCUGGGCAAGGCAUUGGCUCUGUGCUCUGGGCAGCACAGGGCUGCACUCACCACCCCUGAUCAGGAAGCAUAGACACACACUUGCAUUCAGCUGCUCCUCAGAGAAGUGCCCCAAGCACCAUGUGGAAGAAGGUUGAGCUGGGAGGUGAUGUAAGGUACUGUUGUUUUUGUGUUUCUGUGCUGAUGAGCCGGGAACUGCUGACUGGAGAAUGUUAUUACUGUGGUUUACCUGUUAUGUGUAAUGCGUGUUUGUUGUAGAAGCACAGAGGUGUACUGGAGUCAUUUUAAUAAAUUAAACUGUUUGCUAAUAUGA